CCCAAAUCCCAGCCUAUAAAUAACCAUUGCACUAAGUAUCACUACACACUAGCCACUAACUACAACUUAGAUCUAUCUGUGGCGGUGUUUCUCUAACACAAUCAUUCAUUCAUCGCAAUUCCCGUCACCACCACCGUCACCAUGGAAAUCAUUGAUGGCGGCGGCAACAAGUUCCUCAACACCGUGCUCCUCCUCUUCGCCACCGUCGCCGUCGCCAAGCUCAUCAUCACCUUCAUCAUCCCCAAACCGAAGAAAAACCUCCCCCCAAUUCUCGGCGGAUUUCCCCUCAUCGGCGGCCUCAUCCGCUUCCUCAAAGGCCCGAUCGUCAUGCUCCGAGAAGAGUACCCGAAACUCGGCAGCGUCUUCACCGUCAAACUCUUCCACUGGAACGUCACGUUCUUGAUUGGUCCUGAAGUCUCCGCGCACUUCUUCAAGGCGUCGGAAUCUGAUUUGAGUCAGCAGGAAGUGUAUCAGUUCAAUGUGCCUACGUUUGGACCUGGCGUGGUUUUCGAUGUUGAUUAUUCUGUUAGGCAGGAGCAGUUUCGAUUCUUCACGGAGGCUCUUAGGGUGAACAAGCUUAAGAGCUAUGUUAAUCAGAUGGUUGCAGAAGCUGAGGACUAUUUCUCGAAGUGGGGAUCAAGUGGUGAGGUUGAUUUGAAGUAUGAGCUUGAGCAUCUUAUCAUCUUGACUGCGAGUAGAUCUCUGUUGGGGCGAGAAGUUCGUGACAAGCUCUUUGAUGAUGUAUCUGCAUUGUUCCAUGACCUUGACAAUGGGAUGCUUCCAAUCAGUGUUCUCUUCCCAUACCUGCCAAUUCCGGCUCACAAGCGCCGUGACCAAGCACGCAAGAAGCUUUCUGAAAUCUUUGAGAAGAUCAUAGUUUCUCGCAAAAGUGCCAACAAAUCAGAGGAUGACAUGCUGCAGUGCUUCAUUGACUCAAAAUACAAAGAUGGUCGCCCUACAACUGAAGGUGAAGUCACCGGGCUCCUCAUCGCUGCUCUUUUUGCAGGACAACACACCAGUUCAAUCACCUCCACUUGGACUGGAGCAUAUCUCAUGUGUAACAACAAGUACCUUUCUGCUGUGGUAGAGGAGCAGAAGGUGUUGAUGGAGAAGCACGGGGACAGAGUCGAUCAUGAUGUUUUGGCUGAGAUGGACGUCCUGUAUCGGUGCAUUAAAGAAGCCUUGAGACUCCACCCUCCAUUGAUCAUGCUCCUGAGAAGCUCACAUAGUGAUUUCAGUGUCACAACAAGAGAGGGGAAAGAGUAUGAUAUUCCCAAGGGUCAUAUAGUUGCCACAUCCCCUGCUUUUGCAAACCGGCUACCUCACAUUUUCAAGGACCCUGACACUUACGAUCCUGAUCGGUUCGCUGUGGGAAGGGAAGAAGACAAGGCGGCUGGCGCAUUCUCAUACAUUUCCUUUGGAGGGGGCAGACAUGGAUGCCUUGGGGAGCCCUUUGCUUAUCUGCAGAUUAAAGCAAUAUGGACUCAUUUGCUGAGGAAUUUCGAACUGGAGUUGGUGUCUCCUUUCCCUGAGAUUGAUUGGAAUGCCAUGGUUGUGGGAGUGAAAGGAAAAGUCAUGGUCCGGUAUAAGCGAAGGGUGCUUUCCGCUAAUCAAUAGGACCAAAUGUUUCAAUGUUUGGCGUGGAUUUCUUUUUUAAGCAGUUCUUGUGUUGUUAGUCUUUGCUGUUUCAACUUGAGUCCAUGUUCGCUGUUAAUUUGACCAUGGAUGUCUAGAAUCUUGAUCUUGACUCUCUUUUGUAAUUGUGGCAAGUGAUUUUUAAUUCAGUUUUAGUGAAUCUGAUGUUAGUCUCA